CGCGAGGGAUGGCUCUCACCAUUUCCAUGGUGUGAAGAGUUUCAGUUUUUCCUUGGCAAUAUUUUUACAAGGCUCAAAGUGGUCAGAAGAAAGAGAAAGAGAGGAGAAAUCACUGACGUAUUUGUUGAGAUAUCGUCAAUACUAGACCCAUAUGAAGAAUGUUCAGCGCCGAGAACAGUGUUGAUUGAAGGAGAACCUGGUAUGGGAAAAACCACCUAUUGUAAAAAGUACGCUUACGACUGGGCCACAAAACAGCAAGAACCUCAGGGCUGCGGCUCAACAGCAUUUAAAGUGGUAUUGUUACUGAAAUGUCGAGAUAUCCACUCUGACGUUUGGGAAGCCAUUGAUGAUCAGCUGCUGCCCCGAGACAUCGAUGAAGAAGUCAAACAACAAUUCUUUCAGUUCAUUCGUGAAAAUCAGUCCAGCAUUUUAUUGAUAUUGGAUGGAUUGGAUGAGUUACCGUCCAGUAAAUUGUCGAUGUUUUCCGAAAUAAUGGAAGGAAGAGUACUCCCCAGAUGCCACAUAGUUGCAACAGCAAGACACGAAGCUGGAAAAGAGGUGAGAAAAUGUUGUGACGCGCUGCUUCAGAUCGAAGGAUUCACUGAAAAGCAUGUGAGAGAAUUUGUCACCAAGUACUUUAAAGAAAGGCCGGAUUUGGCCACCAAGCUCUCGCAACGGAUAUCGCGAGAUAAAAACCUGAGAGAAAUAGCGGCCAAUCCUCUAAACACAGCACUUCUUUGCCUUUUAUGCGAAGAGUUUGAGGGCACACUCCCCGAAAGCAGAGCUCAACUGUACUUGGAUAUGGUUGAAUGUGUUUUGAGAAGAUAUAGAAAAAGGAAGGGACUACUAGAAACGAUCGAAGACUUGACAAACUAUUACAAACCGCAAUUGAAUCGCCUUGGAAAGGUAGCGUUGAAUGGUUUACUUGACGAUAAGUUGAAUUUUAAUGAAAGUGAAGUAAGAAACCAUGCAAAAGACCUGACUGAAUUUGGAUUUCUGUCAGUGCAGCCUGGUGGCAGCAAACUGAUACAAACACUGCAUUAUGCCUUCUUACAUAAAAGUUUUCAAGAAUUCUUUGCAGCAUUCUUCAUUUGUUCUCAGAUUCAAAGCAAGGAAAUGAAACCUGAAGAACUAGUUUCCAAUCCAAGGUAUUUCGUUGAACUUAAGAAAAUACUUUUGUUUUCAUGUGGAAUUUUGGCCAUGAAAUGCGAUGAACAAGUUGUGGCUCUUGUAAAGAGUUUAACAAAUGAAGUCAACAAAAAUAAAGGCCGUGGUGCAAAUAUUGUUUUGGAGGCCAUCAACGAAUGUAGAAGAGAAAAAAGCGAUUUUCACUCGCAUUUAUCCAAGUCGUUUGGAACUGAUUUGAAUCUGACCAAUUUGUCUUUGUCUGACUAUUAUAUUAGUGCUGCGGGUGCUACAUGUAUUGCUGAGGCAAUCAAAGUG